CCCGGACACCCUAGGAAGCAGCGAGUGGGGCUGGGGCCGUGCGGGUACUCCCCGCGUGGGGUGUGCUGCCUGUGGGCAGGCGGCCAGGGCAGACCCCUGCAUGCUGCCACCCGGGUUCCAGAGGCUGGUCUCUGUCCUCCGGCCUGGGCGCCCUCCGUCGGCAGCUCCCCGGGGAGCAGGCCAUCCUCUUGGCUACAGUGCCUGUGUUUCAUCACCUCGGGACUGCGUCACGGACACCCCGCUGAGGCGCCACCCUCAGUGGGAGGACGGGACAGGAUCCCGGCAGGACACGAGGGAUCCUCCACUUCCUCCCGCUGCCCUCGCACAAGCUUCUGCUGGCCUCUGAGUCGCUGAAAUGAGCAUGUAACCAGCAGCUCUGUGUACCGAGCAGUGGCCAGGGCCCCGCCACUCAGCUGGGAGACCCGAGACUGCUCUGUCCACUGCACCUCCUGCAUGUCCUGCUGCCCUGAGCUGUCCCGAGCUAGGUGACAGCGUGUCACGCUGCCACCAUGAACGAGGUGUCUGUCAUCAAAGAAGGCUGGCUCCACAAGCGCGGUGAAUACAUCAAGACCUGGAGGCCCCGGUACUUCCUGCUGAAGAGUGACGGCUCCUUCAUUGGCUACAAGGAGCGGCCCGAGGCCCCCGACCAGACCCUGCCCCCCCUAAACAACUUCUCUGUCGCAGAGUGCCAGCUGAUGAAGACCGAGAGACCACGGCCCAACACCUUUGUCAUACGCUGCCUGCAGUGGACCACGGUCAUCGAGAGGACCUUCCACGUAGACUCUCCGGACGAGAGGGAAGAGUGGAUGCGGGCCAUCCAGAUGGUCGCCAACAGCCUGAAGCAGCGGGGCCCCGGGGAGGACCCCAUGGACUACAAGUGUGGCUCCCCCAGCGACUCUUCGGCGGCCGAGGAGAUGGAGGUGGCGGUUAGCAAGGCGCGGGCCAAGGUGACCAUGAACGACUUCGACUAUCUCAAACUCCUGGGCAAGGGCACCUUUGGCAAAGUCAUCCUGGUGCGGGAGAAGGCCACUGGCCGCUACUACGCCAUGAAGAUCCUGCGGAAGGAGGUGAUCAUCGCCAAGGAUGAAGUUGCCCACACGGUCACCGAGAGCCGAGUCCUCCAGAACACCAGGCACCCGUUCCUCACCGCCCUGAAGUAUGCCUUCCAGACCCACGACCGCCUGUGCUUCGUGAUGGAGUACGCCAACGGUGGUGAGCUGUUCUUCCACUUGUCCCGGGAGCGCGUCUUCACGGAGGAGCGGGCCCGCUUCUAUGGCGCGGAGAUCGUCUCGGCCCUGGAGUACCUGCACUCUCGGGAUGUGGUGUACCGCGACAUCAAGCUGGAAAACCUCAUGCUGGACAAAGAUGGCCACAUCAAGAUCACUGACUUCGGCCUGUGCAAGGAGGGCAUCAGUGAUGGGGCCACCAUGAAGACCUUCUGUGGGACCCCUGAAUACCUGGCUCCCGAGGUGCUGGAGGACAAUGACUACGGCCGGGCUGUGGACUGGUGGGGGCUGGGCGUGGUGAUGUACGAGAUGAUGUGCGGCCGCCUGCCCUUCUACAACCAGGACCACGAGCGCCUCUUCGAGCUCAUCCUCAUGGAGGAGAUCCGCUUCCCGCGCACGCUCAGCCCCGAGGCCAAGUCCCUGCUUGCUGGGCUGCUUAAGAAGGACCCCAAGCAGAGGCUCGGCGGGGGGCCCAGCGAUGCCAAGGAGGUCAUGGAGCACAGGUUCUUCCUCAGCAUCAACUGGCAGGACGUGGUACAGAAGAAGCUCCUGCCACCCUUCAAACCUCAGGUCACAUCCGAGGUCGACACGAGGUACUUCGACGACGAGUUCACUGCCCAGUCCAUCACCAUCACCCCCCCGGACCGCUGCGGGGUCCCCCAUCCCCCGGCCCCAGGGAGUGCAGGCGGGCUGCCGGGCCCUCGCAGGCUGGUCUCCCCAAUCUGCUCCACCGACCCCACAGAUGACAGCCUGGGCUCGCUCGACCUGGACCAGCGGACCCACUUCCCCCAGUUCUCCUACUCGGCCAGCAUCCGCGAGUGAGCGCCCGCUGCCGCCACAGGACGCACGCACGGCCGCCACCACCGCCGGGGGCUUCGUUCUUUUUUUUUUUUAACUUUUUAUUUUGCCUUUUUUGUUUGCGUCCCCAUCCCUCACCUCCUUACCCCCAUUUCCAGUUUUUUCUUCAGCCCUCUGCCAAACUCCCCUUGCGGUCCCCGCGGCCCUGCCUCCAGGACCCUGUCCUGCGCUCACCUCUGCCAGACCGGGAGUCGCCGCCUGCCCCGGGACCAGCCGUGGGCGCUGAGAAGGGGCCGGUUUUGAGCAGCGUGAGCCCCAGCGGGGCCAGACAGGGGCCUGCAUCCGCCGGGUGCCCAGUGACAGCACGCCGGUGCUGCCUUCCCUGCCCCGUCCUUAGGCUCUGAGUGGCCUGGCGAGGGGCAGUCCAGCCCCCUCCCCCACGGGGGCAGAAAAGCAAUAAUGUCCAGGGCCGGGCGGGGGCCUUCGGAAGCUGUGGGGUCGGGGCUUAGGGCUCCCUCCUGUGGAUGGGGCCCAGUCGACCCUGUGGGGGACCAGCGGGGCCCAGAGGUGGGCGCUGCCUCCUGGCCCUGCCUUCCCCCACCCCCCAAGCUGCUCUCCUGACCUGCGGGUGAGGCAGGAGGAACAUUUAGGGGCUAGUCCCCGGCCCCCCGCCCCGUGCCUUACCAGGGCUUCCUUCCAGCCGGCCUUACCUCCCACUGGCCCCCGGGCCUGGCCCCAUCCCUUCUGAGGGUGGGGCCUGGGUCACCCCCUUCUCUGCCUGGGGCGGAGGGGCGCCAGCCUCGGCUGUUACACAUCUCACACCGAGACAGUAUUGGGCCCCACGGACUUGGGUCGAGGAGCAGGUGGGGGCGGGGGUCUCUGGUACGUACCGGGGUGGGGGCCUCUGGGAACGGAGGCUCCAGGCCACCUCACCCCUCCCCCUCUCCAGGCCCCACGUUCUGCAGCCUUAAGGUGAACGUGUGUCAGUGCUGUGGGCACUCGUGUGCGUGCCCCGGACUGUGUGUGUCCAUGGGCAUCCCUGUGCAUCUGGGACACAGGUGCACACGGGUGUGUGUGUGCAUGCGUGUUGGGUAUGUGUGUGCGAGGGCAAGCGUGUCCCGGCCUCGAGUGUGGUGUGUGUGGGCUCAGGCCCCUGUCCCAGGCCCGAGCAUCUCAUCCCGUGGGGGAGGGGUGCUGGCCUAGUGGGGGAGCCACGCCUGGGGUCCACUUGCUGCCCUGCCCCCCUCCCUUUCCCUCCCCUCCCCCCCAACAUCUCCAGGUGUUUGGAAUUUGGUUUUUCUGGUUUUGCUCUCCCCACCUCACCUUCUGUACUAGGUAACUCACAGAGAGACAUCCUGGGGUGGGGUGGGGUUGGUUUGGGUGGGUGGGGGUCUUUUUUUCCUUUUGUGUGUGUCUGUCAUUGAUCUGACAAUUCUCUCUCCUCCCCCCUGGCCUUUCCCCGUUCCUCGUAUUUGUACGGUACAAGCAAUAAAGACACUCGUUUUAGACCGGG